CGUUUCGUCGUCGAUCGCAGCGAUCGUAGCGCAGCGCGAUUCGCUCAUACAAGCGGAUACGUAUAAAAUGGCGAAGUAUAGUUGUUAUUUACUCGCGCCGCAUAUAGCGAAGUGAGAACCGAGGAGCGAAUUGGGGGUCUCACAGUCACAGUGCGUCAUAUCAAGCUUGGUCUUGCGUGCCGACGAAACAGUGUAUACAGGCGAUCGUUUUACUGCACAAAUUCUAGCAGACAUGAUAUUGACGGAUUGGUCUAACUCACUAUUAACGACAAUCUAAUCUUGAUCUUUAUUAAAUGAGAAAAGAUCAUAAUUGCCAACGGUUAAGUGUUGAAUAAUAUGGCACAAUAUUUCAAUGUUGUGACAAAUCCCAGUGGUACUUUUACAUUUGAGGAAGUACCACCGAGACUCUGCACUGUAGGCGGGCAACGGGUUCAGUUAGUUGUUGAAGACGUUAAUAACAGCGGUAUUAAUGGUCCACAACAGCUUGUGACUUAUACCGCUGCGCCACAAAACAGGCAGGCAAUAUUCUCCCCGCAAACUAUUAAUUUAGGGAAUCAAAUAGCUGCAACACGAUUGGAGCAAGGACAAAAUGUUUUUAUAAUCAAAACAAAUGAUAUUGCUACAACACAGACCAUAUUAAAAUCUAAUACUGUAAAUGCACAUGUUGUUAAUGAAAAUAUUGUGAGCAUUGCAGAUAAUACAGGUACUAAGGCAGAAUGUAAAAAUGAAGGACAACAAGCACAAUGGGUAAAAAUGCAAAAUGCUGCUACAACGACAAAACAAACAUUGUUGCAAGAAAAAAGUUUAACUGCCGUUAUAACUAGAAAUAACGUACAAAAUAACAUUGCAUCAACACCACCUCUCUAUAUAAAUUCUGGAUCGUUAAGUUCUGGACAAACAGAAAAAAAACUAGUUAAAUCUUAUCAGAAUAAAAAUCAACAGUUGUCAAAUAACGUACAGGCAGGUGCGGCAUCUCAAACUCUAGAUAGAGUAAAUGCAAGAAUUACAAUGGAAAAUCGAAUGCAAAAUUCUACUGUGGUAGGAAAUUCCAAAUCUGCGAUGUCCGUCUGCAACAAAGCUGUUAAUUCACUGGGACAGACUGUAACUGUAAAGCCAAUUCGUGCUUCUAAUCCGAAUAUGUCGCAUCAACGGCCUGUAGCCGUAGUUCCUCCCGAGAUCUCUAAAACGCCGUCGAGGGUACAACCUCCGGAUAUGGAGAAUUUGAAUGAACAAAUCAAGCAAGCCAAGAUCAAGCAUAUGCAAUUACAACAGCGACAGCAUGCCGAGAAAUUAAGGUUUCAACAAAAUAACGCACAACGACAACAUCCUAACACUGCGCAGCAUCCAGUUCAAUGCCCGUCGAAUAAUCCUGCACGUCGCUUGACAACCACAAAUUCUGUACAACAAAGAACGCAGCAAGUUUCAAACUCUUCGCAAAAGCAACAAAUGCAACAAAAAUCAUCUAUGGUAACGUCGUCUCCCUCCUCAGCUGAACAUAAUAUGCACGUUAGUAGUACUAGUAUGGAAGUCGAUCCUCUGGAAUGCGUGCAGGAGAAGAUACAUGCAAUGCAACAGUCUUCUUCACCACAAUCGGAACACGAGAAUUUAAAUGAGAGCGUCGCUUAUCUUCAAAAGAUUAUUAAUGAUCCAUCAACUGCUAUAGUUCAACAUCAAAUUAAAGGAAAUGAAGCAAAAAUGUUAGUAAUAUUAGGUACCGGAGAACAGAGAUUAAUCACGUUUGAGAUACCGAAAGAGGACUGCACUGUACACGACCUAUUGGAUCAGGUACGUGCAGUCUUGGGUCAGAUAAACAUUACAUUCUCUGGUAAAAUAGCAGUUUCCUUGGUAGAUGAUCCCACACUGGGCAUAAAUUACAUAGUAGAAGAAGGAUCACUUAUAUCUGAUAGCAAUGAUCAUAGUGAUUGUAAUACUAUUCAGGAAGUUGUAAGCUCCACUACAACCAUUGAAAGUUUAUCACAAAAUACCAAUACAUCGGAUGAAAACAGUAAUGCAUCUCUAUCAGCUGAGGAGCCUAUUUUGGUCAAAGGGAUGUUUGCUCUCUGUCCACACUGCGGCUACAGUUCACUCCACUUCAACCGAUGUGAACGAUGUAAUACAAAAUUAACUGAGGAAGUCAAGUCGAUACCUAUAGCAAAAAGGAAGGAGACUGGAAUGUCUGUCGAUAUGUUCUAUAAGAAAAAUAAUGAACGAAAUGCCAUAAAAACAGAGAAAAUGGAUCAAGAUGGUCCUGUAUCCAAACGACCCAGAGGAAAGAGUAGAACUAAACCAAAGCCUAUUCAUAAAGAGCCAGAAUGUUUGACAAUAUCGUCUGACGAAGAAGAGGAGGGUAGGAUUAAAAAGAUUGAAAGUGUUAAUAAUAAUACACCAUUAAGCAAUGCAAGUAACGCUUUUAACGAAGAUAUGGACACCAUUCUGGAAAAAGAACCAAUAAUUACAAACACUGCUAUUUUUAAUUCAUAUAAUGAUUAUCUGGCGAAUAUUGAAGCAAGCAGUGAAGGAAUUUGUGAUAAUCAGAGCUUCUUAGAUAAUGAACAAUUACCACAGAUUGCUAUAGAGUGUCGAACAGUCAGAAUAGGUUCUUAUAAAUAUAUUCCUCGGGAAAACGUAGUGAUUUCCCAUAGUGGUGUAAGAUUUAGUGUACCUUUGUUAGAAGAUGCUACAAGUUUUGUUACUCUGGAUGUCAAAUCUAAAGAUAUAGUUAAGCUAUUGAUCCAUUUUGGGAAAACAAUGCCGGUAUUAUUCUUUUAUACAUCUACAAGUGCAGCCGCCAUGAUACGUGAAUUACUAGGAAUGCAAGAUCCAAAAGGACCAUAUUACGAUCCUGCUGGAAAAGAUCAUACGCAUAGACGUAUUACAUUAUUGUCAGACAAAUUACCAGACGAUUCGAGACCCAAAUUAACGAGUCUGUUUUCACAUGGAAAUAAAAUAGACGAAUUGAAUCCUAAAGAGGCGAAUGAUAUACUUUUACGAGCAUCGCCCAGGGAUAAUCAACAACCAUCUAAUACUAUUACACGAAAACAGAGUCAAAGCUUAGUACCAAAUAUUGUCAGUGUCAGUGACAGCAUUCAAACAAUAACUGUAUAUCCACCACCUCCUGCAAAAGGGGGAAUAGCCAUCAACACUGAAGAUUACUUAUGCCUUGCGGAAGAUCAGUUUUUAAAUGACGUGAUUAUAGAUUUUUAUUUAAAGUAUCUAACCUUAGAGAUAUUAUCAGAAUCUGAUCAACAUAGGACUCAUGUGUUCAGUUCGUACUUUUAUAAACGCUUGACCAGCCCACAUGCUCAAGCUGCCGAAAACAUUGUGCCAAUGACGCCUGCCGCCAAACGACACGCAAGAGUACAGAAAUGGACAAAGAAUGUCAAUAUAUUUGAGAAGGAUUUUAUUAUAAUUCCUAUUAACGAACACGCGCACUGGUUCUUGGCUAUUAUUUGUUUUCCUGGACUGGUUGGAAAAGUUUCUACAUGUGCUAUGAAAACAAACGAAAAUGAUAUUCAUAAGACUAUGAGAAAAAGUAAAAGGCUGAAAGAAAUGAAAACAAAAGCUGUUACAAUUGGCUCUACAACUAUCACUCCUGUACCUACGACCAUAACGAUAGAUCAACAGGAUGAUGGAUCUGAGAGAGACGAAGCUGAAGGCGACGAUGAGGAGAUGGAAAUGGACAGCGAUGAAGAGGACGAGACGGAACAACCAGAAGAAGAUAAAAUCCAACUUCCCAUUAAAGUUGAGCAGCAAAAAGAAACUGUCAAAAUUCCUUGCAUAUUGAUAUUUGAUUCGCUUGCUGGCGCCAGUAGAGCACGAGUAGUCGCUACGUUAAGAGAUUAUUUAAGUUGCGAAUAUUUUGCUAAACUUGGCAUAGAAAAAACAUUCUCGAAAGAUACUAUUAAGGGAGCGUGUCCGAAAGUACCACAGCAAUCAAAUUUUACUGAUUGUGGAUUAUAUGUAUUACAGUAUGUGGAAAGUUUUUUUAAGGAUCCGAUUAAAGAUUACACUUUGCCAAUUAAAACUUUGAAAUCGUGGUUUGAGGAAAUUAUUGUGACAAGAAAAAGAGAGGAAUUAUCAAAAUUACUAAUUAAAUUGAUGAACAAUACCAAAGGGGAUAAAACUAUCAGUUUGCCUACUGUGAAUUUCCCCACGCAAGACGGCAGAUUGAAACCGAAGAGUGAAACUCAGACAGACAUAAAACCCACGAAGCCGGAGGUGGAGAAUAAGAAAAAGCCUACAAAUAUAGAUACAGAAACACGUAUUGUCUCGUUUAUCGGAGAAAAUACUGAAUCCUCUAAUGAAUUCGUUAGUAGUAGAACUUAUCAGAUCAUUCCUUAUCCUCUAAGUUCUAACUCUGAGAGUAAUACAACAGAAAUGAAUGUGACUGAACAAAAAACUACGAGGAUAAUGCCUGGAUCAAUAGACUUGAUAGUAUCUACAACAUACAUUGGAGUUACGAUUUGGAUAGCAUAUUGGCUAAGACUCUAUGCAUUAUUCUAUCUUAAUUCUUAUCCUCUCACGAGGAUUCUGGCCCUAGAAUUUAUAGCUGCGGCUGAACUUUGUGGAGCAUGUUUCGAACUCAUUAUAAUUGCGGACAAUUGGGGAGUAUGGAUGUACGCGCUUUAUCUGUUCUUACUAACGAUUUGGUGGUCAAUGAACUGGGAUGAGGCUUCAGCGUGUCCUUAUACACAUAUGGAGGAUGUAGUUGUAGGUAAAAAACCCUUGGGUGUCGCUUUUCUGUCGAUAUGUGCAGAAUUGGCCGGCGGUCUCAUCAUAUUCAAAUAUAUUCAAAUGUUGUGGGCGCUUCAACUUGUUUCUACGCACAAGAACAGGGCCUAUGAAGAUUGCACUACUGAUUUACAGGUGUCUGUUAUAAUUGGAGCAUUUGUGGAAUGUAUUGCAACAUGUAUAUGUAGAGUGGUAUCCCAUGUAUUGGGUGAUUUAAAUCCGAGGUUUAGUAUGGUCAUUGAUGCUUUCGUGGGGACGGCUUUGGUGGUUGCAGCUUUCAAUUAUACCGGUGGUUACUUCAAUCCCGUUUUGGCGACUUCUCUAAAAUACGGUUGUCUGGGAACCACGUCUACGGAGCAUAUAAUAGUUUAUUGGAUUGGAGCGUGUAUCGGGUCUGUUGCCUCUUUACGCGUGUACCGUAUGCCGUUUGUUCAAAACUACAUUCAACUGCAGGAGAAUACGGAUGCUGUAUAUUCUUAGAUAAAAUUUAUAUAAAAGGAUUUUUAAACAAUUUUAUAGAUGCCCGGUAUUUAUAAUUAUGACUUUUAUUUAAUAACAUAUUUCUUGCUUUCCAUUAACGUACAAAAAAAAACUAAUUGUGUACAAAAUUACGUGCCAAACAAUAGUAUUAUACAUUCCGAUUGUGAUUAUCGUUAAUAAUUAUACAGCUGCGCACAAUCUUGGAAGAUGAAACAAAAAAGAAAUGCCUUAAGAUUUUGUUGAACUGUAUUAAUAAAUAUUAAAAAAAUAUAUUAUAUAACAUAUUGUCGUGUGUGU